AUGCCCCCACUCGACCACCAUCCCCCCCCUCGGGGGGGGGGGGGGGGGGGGGGGGGGGGGGGGGGGUGGGGGGGGGGGGGGGGUGGGGGGGGGGGGGGCCCCCACCACAGCUCCCCCGUCCCCCCCGCUCCCACCCCCAUCACCCACCGCCACUACGCCCCGUCCCCACCACCCCCCCCACCUCCCCACCGUGAAGCCCCACAUACCUCCACCCCCCCACCUCCCCCAUUCUCACCCCACCCGCCCUUUCCUCCGUUUACACACCGGCCACCACCCACCUACGACCGGACCCCCCUCCCCCCCCGCCCACUCAUCCCCCCCCCGACCCCCCCCUUAUCUCGAGCCCUCCAAUGCAAACACGGGCCCCACCGGCCCCUGAUCACCCUCCAUCACCUCCCAGUCCUUCACACAAGACACAAUUCCCACACCCCUCCCCCAUCAUCUGCGCUGACCCACCGCGCCCCCCCGCGCCCAGACCUCGACCCCCACAGUCAAUUCCCAGAGGAGGCCGGGGACAUCUCCUCGCCUCCACGGCGACUGAACCUCUCAAAUACAACAACUUAG